UCCAAAGAUUAGUUCUUCUCCUAUCCAUACCAUCUUUUUACUCAAACCACGUUGAUGGUAUUUGUUCAUCUAUAAAAACCAUUGACUCACACCCACUCUAACACUCCAAACCCCCAAAAAAACAAAAAAAAACAAAAAAAGACACCCUCCAAGGUAGCUUUAGCUUCUCUCUCUGUUUCACAUAAGAUCUUCUUCAGCUCCAGUACUAUUUCUACUUGUGAAACUUUAAUUUUGAUCUGUAGAUCUUUCUCUGCUUUCCAAUAUUUGCUAAUCAGAAUCAAAUCUAAAGGGUUUCAGAAUGAAGACCACAAAAACACACAGCCAAAACAGGUUGAUGAGAAUCAUCACCAUACCCAUAAGAGUUCUGAGUAAAGCCAAAGACAUGUACGUACGAGGGAUGAAUUCCGCUGAAAGAAUGGGUUACGGUUCUAUGGGCGUUCCUGAUGGUCAAUUCACGUCUCUGCCUAAAAGUUUCAGUUGUAGGUCCUCCAGGUUGAAUGAAAACGACGAUUUCUCCGAACUCAUUAGAGCUGCGUCGGCCAGGAGCUACGGCAGUCGUAUUGAUGUGGAUGCGAUUCUACGACAGCAGGUUAUGAGGCAGACGACAACCAAAACUGGCUCCAAGGUUUUGCCCAAGUGUAGCAGCGUUGGAAUGGGCAAAAUCGAUGAAGAUAGCCCCUGUGAUUUUGGCGAUGAUGGUGGGAAUUUGAAGGCCGAUUUGUUCCCCAGAAGCAGAAGCUAUGCUGUUACCAAGAGAAGAGUUGGUUUCUGAUUGAAUUUGAGUGCUUCGAUUUUUAUUAUUUUUUUUUCUUUUUAGUUUAAUGGUUGUAGGGAGAGUAGAAUUUCUUCCGUUGUGUAAUAUGAAAUGUUUUGUAAAAAAUGUGAUUGAGCUUUCUUAAGUGUUAAUGAGGAUUGUUUGCAGUUUCUUUC